CUAAAACACAUUGAAAAAUUUUCUGACAAAGGAAUAAACACAUUUAUAUCAAGAGUGCUGACUUUCAAUUGAUGAUAAUUGUAGUUCUAUCUUCAAGACUGAUUCAAACAGAGAAACAGCAAACAUGUCGUCUGUCGGCCCACAAGUUGCCGCCCUUGCCCUGUCGUCCAGUAUGGAGAACGGCAGGACGGGAAGUGACGUAUCCGAUGGAAUGACCGCAGCUGUACGUGCCCCCCGUGACGUCAGUCAGGAACCCGUCCUUGAGGAAAAUUAUCGGAUACUGAAGUAUAGGCUUCUGGGGCUAAUCGAUAACUUUCUCAAUAAGUAUACUUCAUGGAUCACAUGGAUGGACACCGGGCUGAAAGCCAAAAUUUACAAAUCUGCCUGUGGUUCGAUAAAUAUUUCACAGCAAGAAUUUCCAGAGUUCACAACCACCCAGUACUCCCGGCUCUACCGUCUGACCCAGCUCUCCGCCUACGCCUAUUACAUCAAGUCACAGGUCAGUGACCCCAGCUACGGCGCAGCUGCCUGCCAAGACAUCCAAAACAUAACAUCCAAUCUACAGAUGACAUCAUCCUGCCUGAAACAACUGGUUCAACCUGACGUCACGAACGACGCCAUCUACAACUUUGUCACACAGCACGUCACCACGCCAGAAAUCCCCAUCCAAAACCAGCGUCCCGCCGUCAAAAGGGCGUUCACUGCCACCGUCCUAACUUUGAUGAAGGACACCAUGAGUUCUGGUUCUUUCUCUUGAUGAAAACAUGUU